AUGCUGCAAUCCAAACUUAGACCCUUCGUCUGUUGGCAAUGUGUCGCUCGCGGCGCCUCCAACAGCCUCUCCCCCACUGGAAGUUCUUUGCGCCGGCCCGCCGUUGGCAAAACUCUUGCCUCUUGGAGGAACUUCUCGACCAGCUCCUCUUACAAACGUCAUUCACUAGCCUCGCUUUUGAGCCAAAUUGAAAACGACAAAUCAAAAUCAAACACCGAAGAUGCUCAUCGCCUCGUUGACUCACUGCCCGAGGGUGAAAUACCCGAAUGGCUCCCUACGCGCGAACGGUUAAGAGCUUGGGACGCCGCAAAUCCUCAAGGCCAAAUAAUGUCGGUUCACGACAUCCUCAUGCCAUCAAACAAACAAGACACCGUGAACAGCACAUCCCUGGCCAGGUCUAGCCAGCUAGACAAAAUGGAUCCAGACAUGGAAGAAGAUGCCGAUCAGGCUCAUGACCGUCCUCAACUCGGCGAAGACUUUCAGGCCCACUCCGUAUCCAUAAACCCCGGUGACCUCAUCGAGGCCCGGGAGGGAUCCUCAAGGGUUCCGCUACUGGCUGUGUUCAUCUGCCAGCGCGGAGGACUGCAAUACUUUUACUGCAGCGACGGCAGUGUCUACGUACGCGUCAGGCCCAAGACGAACUUUGUGGCUCCUGGGUUUGCUACCGAGGCCGAGAUGGCCCCCAUCAAAGAUCAACUGCCUCCAUCAGGCAUGCCACUACCGAUGAUCUUGGAUUGGAUGAAGUCGGGUAGCGAAGGACCAUCUCGCGAAGAUGGCCAGGCCCUGCUCAACAAGAUGUUCCAGUUUGUGCGGGAUGCAGAUCUUGUGUUGCAAGAAAACCAUCACAAACUGGACGACCCAUAUCCUAUCCUUGCUAAGCGAGGUCUCGAAUACGUUACUGCUCACGAGGCCGCGGAGCACCUCUUGAGUGAAAAAGCCAGGGGUUCUGAUGGCAGUUUCUCUGAUGUCGCCAUCUAUGCCGUCCAGCGGGCAAUGAAAAAUUGCGAGAUUGGGAUUCGUGUCUUCGAGAGCGCUGUUUUCGAUCUGAAGAGCUGUAUCUUUGAGGUUCUUCCACCAGAUGAGAUGGAAUGUAUCAAGGCCGUUGAAAAGAUGGUCCGCGAGCUUUAUGCCGAUCCAUUGGCUCUACGGGACGAUAUGAAAGCCCUGGAGCGACUGAGCGGACAUAGGCUCGGCCGUUUCAUCAUCGGGGCACGACAGCAAAUCGAUCGGCAUCGCACCGAGCGCCAUUUCAAGGACGAAUGGCCCGUGAUAGGACUAGAUCAGCGCCAACACCACAAGGAGGAUCUGAGAGCAGAGCCUUGGCUCUCGCCUAAGGACCAGCAAAUAAUGAGGUUUUUGCACCUGUGGGCGGCCAAAAACGUUUUCCCUCCUGAUUCCAGGGCAAAUGUGUUUGGUUCCCAGAUUCUCCGGGCCAUUGGUCGCUACGACAACUCGGAAUUCUUAGGCAAGGCUACUGGCUGGCUGUUCCUGCAAGAAGUUGGAUGGAUUCUGCCUUGGGAUGUCCAGUCACGGCAUGACAGAGCCGUACCAGGCACGACCCCCGACAGGGCAGGCGGUCUCGUUAAUGACCUAGAUCCGUUGCCCGUACAGGCAUCAGUCCAUGAUCCGUACCCUGGCAGUCGCAAAGACUGGGGCGAGCUAACGGCUUUCGCAAUAGACAAUGCCCAAACAGAAGACAUUGAUGAUGCUAUCUCUGUCGAACGUACCUCGACUGCUGGUCAGUAUUGGAUACAUGUGCACGUUGCAGACGUUAGCUCAGUUAUCCGGCCCAACACUGCGCAUGCCAAAUACGCAGAGAGGAUGAGCGAAACCCAUUACUUGCCUGGCCACUUCACACGCCUGUUUCCCGACUUGGGCAUAUUACACAAUCUCUCGCUCGCCCCCGGUAGUCGGGCGCUCACCUUUAGUGGUCUUGUCAACGAACAAGGAGAACUUCUCGAAUGCAAGAUCACUCCUGGAAUUCUGCGAAACGUUGUCAACAUUGAGCCUGAAGAAGUUCUAAAGAUUUGCCCUGAAACGCCGCAGCCCCAGACGACGACUCCGUCGGUUUUCAGUCUCUGCGUCGGUCAACGGUCCGGCUCGUUCUUUCCGCCCCCCGGUAGAAAGACAAAGUCCGCGGAUGACCUCGGCGCCCACGAGGUUGAAGACUUGAAACUCCUCGGCCGCCUUGCAGCCAGCUAUCACCUUAGGCGCCGUGGAAACCAUGCCACUCCACUUCGGGGUUCUGGUACUGAGAGCACAGUGACCCCUGAGCUCUUCCCGGCCAGCUCGCGAUUUCAACGAGCCCCCGAUGGCACCUUCCGCUCGUCUGGCGAUAUUGCCAUUGAGGUGGCUGUACGGCAUAGUGCUGAUCGAGUCUCCAGUAUGGUUACGAAUUCCAUGAUCCUCGCUGGCGAGAUUGCCGGCCGCUGGUGUGAGGAUCGCGGAAUCCCUGUACCGUAUCGCACCAUGCCCCAGGCGACGAUGAAUAUGGACGUUCUCUCACCUUGGGUCAAGAACCACUUGUAUCCCCUGUUCGAGGCCAAUGGGAGGCCCACGAAAGAAGACGUCGCACUCAUCAGACAGCUCGCCGGUCCCGUCCUACUCUCCACCAAUCCCGGCCUGCAUUUCUGGCUCGGUCUGAACCAUUACGUCAAGGUCACGUCGCCGUUGCGCCGGUAUUUGGACGUCGUCGCCCACUUUCAGAUCCACGCAGCACUGGCUGAAGAGGCCCGCACGGGUAAAACACUUCAGCCACCACGAGAGGGGGAAGAGGAGCACUCCUUCCUGCCAUUCACCCGCGCCGACCUGGCGGCCAAGCUGCCACUUUUAGCGGUGCGGGAGUCCAAGGCCCGCUCGCUAGCGAGGCAUGGUCCGCAUGGACAGAAAGAAUACCUGUAUCAAGCCCUCGCACGUGCCUUUUACUUUAAUGAGGCCCCAUUGCCAUCAACUUUCGAGUUCCACAUUGUUGAAUCAUUAGCGCCUAAGCAUCUCCGUGGCAUGAUCCCGGGGUUGUGGGAACUUUUGGCCGAUCUGCCAUACGAGAACUUGAACGGAGCAGUCAAGUCGCCCUCACAGCUUGUCCAGGGCGAUAUUCUUGAGGUCAAGCUGGCCCGAAUCAACCCCAUCGGUAUUCAGAUGGAGGUCGAGGCUGUCAGGCCGCUGAGAAUUGGCGGUGUGGAUGUAAUAGAGGAGCACGGCAGUUUGGUUGCUGCGGGCGAUGAGGCGACUGGCGAUAGGGGUGCGCAAGCUGUCGCUGGGGAAGCGUCCGUAUGA